GUUGGCUGCGCCUCUUGGGCUGUCUGCAGGCCGGGCCGCUCCAGUGCGCACCUUCCAUCCCCGCGCCCGCCGAGCCUCCAGAUGAGGCAAAGCAGUUCCAGAGAGAGCAGGAGGAUUGCCCAAGCAGGCCCAGACUUCGUUAUUUGGCCAGGGAACCCGGGCAGCCAAAAACUGACUGCAUUCAGAACUAUUCCGAGGUGGAACUGACUGCCUUUGGAGGGUAGGACUAGACAUGGCACCUCCAUGGGUCCCCGCAGUCGGUUUCACGCUGUUCCCGAGCAUUGGUGGAAUGCUGGGAUCCCGGGUCACAAGUCGGGAGGUUCCAACGUGGUAUGCAACUUUGAAGAAGCCGUCGUGGCAUCCGCCCUACUGGUCGCUGGGUCCCGUCUGGGGGACCUUGUACACGGCUAUGGGGUACGGCUCCUACCUGGUUUGGAAGGAGCUGGGGGGCUUUACAGAGAAGGCCCUGGUGCCGCUGGGACUCUAUGCGGGGCAGCUGGCUCUCAACUGGGCCUGGCCACCCUUGUUCUUUGGCGCCCACCAGAUGGGCUGGGGCCUGGUGGAGAUCAUCCUGACCAGUGGGGCAGCAGUGGCCACCACUGUGUCCUGGUACCCAGUGAACCGCACGGCUGCCCGCCUCAUGUACCCUUACCUGGCCUGGAUGGUGAUGGCCACGACCCUGAAUUACUGCGUCUGGCGGGAUAACAAGGACCAGAAGCGUCAUCCUCAUGCUGAAUAAAGGAGCUCUGGGGCUUCUGUUCCACACGGGUCCCAGAAGUGAGAUGGGUUCCACUCAAGCUGACUCGAGGUUCUCAGUUGGAAGCCUUCUUCUUAGAGCGGGUCAGCUUGGCAAGGAAACAAAACACAUUCCCUCUGCGGGUGGGACAUCUCAUUUAAAAAUUUCCCACUGGUGUCUCCGGAUGUAGAAAUGGGGCUGACCAGUUCCGGCUCCCUCAGUGACCCUCGGGACAGCCCUUUUGUCUGUCAGCAAUAGGGCCAAGCCAAGCUUGGUCUGCCAUUUUGCUCAUACUGUAGUGGCUCAUGGCUGUAACUUUUAUAUGCAAUAAAUUUCUCAACAGCUCUC